AUGGGCGGUUGGGCCAUAGCGGUUCACGGCGGCGCUGGUGUGGAUCCAAACCUCCCACAAGAGCGCCAAGAAGAGGCCAAACAACUCCUUACUCGAUGCCUCAAUCUUGGCAUCUCCUCCCUUCGCUCCUCCUCGUCUGCUAUCGAUGUUGUUGAACUCGUCGUGCGCGAAUUAGAAAGUGAUCCCUUAUUCAAUUCCGGCCGUGGAUCUGCACUGACUGAGAAUGGAACGGUGGAGAUGGAGGCCAGCAUCAUGGAUGGUUCUGGCAGGAGAUGCGGCGCCGUUUCGGGUAUCACCACCGUGAAGAACCCUAUUUCCCUUGCCCGCCUUGUGAUGGAAAAGUCUCCCCAUUCUUAUCUUGCAUUCUCUGGAGCGGAAGCAUUUGCUAAACAACAGGGUGUGGAAACGGUGGACAAUAAUUACUUCAUCACUGAGGACAACAUCGGUAUGCUCAAAUUGGCAAAAGAAGCCAACAGCAUCAUGUUUGAUUAUAGGAUUCCACUAGCUGGAUCAGAAUCAUGUAGUGCAGUGGUGGAGAGCCCUAUUCAAAUGAACGGACUUCCAAUUAGUGUUUAUGCCCCCGAGACGGUUGGGUGUGUGGUGGUAGACAGCGAAGGUCGAUGCGCUGCUGCCACGUCGACCGGUGGACUUAUGAAUAAAAUGACAGGUGAAGGCGAGGCCAUUAUACGUGGAACCCUGGCUCGUGAUGUGGCGGCUCUUAUGGAGUACAAAGGCUUAAACCUCCAGGAGGCCGUGGAUUAUGUGAUCAAGAAGCGGCUGGACAACGGCAAGGCUGGGUUGAUAGCUGUAUCUAAUAAUGGCGAAGUGGCCUAUGGGUUUAAUUCAGUGGGGAUGUUUAGGGGUUGUGCCACCGAAGAUGGGUUCAUGGACGUUAGUAUUUGGGAGUAG